AUGGAUCGGUAUAAUUAUAUCUCUCCAGGUAGAGUAAAAGUCCUAGUGGUACCUAUAAACGGAUGUGAUGAACAACAAUUCCAAUGUUACUAUAAACAAGUAAGUAGUUGUAAUGAAGUGAGAUUAUUAGAUAUAACUCCUAUGACAGAGUUGAAACAUUUCAAUCCCCAAACAUCACCUAAUGGUAGAAUAAUAUAUGAAUAUGAUAUGGUAGUACCUGACAAUGAAUCAAUUUUCCUUCAUGAUUUCGAACCAUUCAGGAAAACCUUCAUUGUCAUAGGAUUGGGGAAAUAUAAUGAUAAAAGUCUCGAUCAAUAUCAACAAAUGAAUAAUGAUUUAAAGAAAGAAUUUCCUAGUACAAUAAUCCAGAACUGCGUAUUCUUCGACACUCCUAUUGAGAAGGUUGAAGAGUUCAAUCCCAAAACUGACCAUUCUAUGAAAUCAUGUCUUUUCCUCAAUGAAUCAAUACUGUUGGAAUCUUUGAUUUGUGAUGUUUCCCGGAAUUUUCUUUUCCAUUUAGAUGAUUACGUAUCUUCUUAUUCCAAUAUAACAUUGAGAUCCCCAGUUUCAAUAACAGAUAGUCAAUUAUUAAGUAAAACCAUUAGUAAGGCACAGAAAAGAUUAUCUUCUGGAUCAUCAUUGAAAGUAUCAUUCAAUUCAAAUAACCAAUUGUCACCAGCAGAAUUGAAAGGUAAUACUCAAGUAAGGCAUAAUGGUAGACAAUCCAAAUUACUUGCAUCAUUUUAUCUUUUAUCGGGGAAAUAUGUCGAAGCCAUGAAUAAUUUUGCUGAUGCUCUACUUUAUUUAAAGAAAUCUGAAGACUAUAUGUGGCUAGGUAGUGCUUUAGAAGGUAUGGGUGUGGCGAUAGUAUUAAUGAACUAUACAGGGAUUUCAUAUCAAUUACCCAACGCUAUUCUUGCGUCUGUACUCCAUUUACUGAAGAGUAAGAUACGUGAUAUGAGUAUUGAUAAUACUGUUAAUAAAAGACUUUCAAAUGAUAAUUUAUCCACUAAUGGUAGACUUCUGUAUAAUGGAAAUGGGUCAAAAAUUCUAUCACCUAGAACAUCAUCAAGUAGUGGAGUUAGUUUCAACCUUCCUAUUGGUGCUGCACCAGAUUUAAAUGGUAUUGCAGUACCUGAAUUGGUUAAACAGUUACAAGAUAAAAGUAAUACUUAUUUCCAAUUAAGUGCCAAUGAUUUCGAAAACACUGUUCCUGAUUUGGUGUACAUAGAAUCGAUCUUAAGGUAUUUGCAUUUCAUGAUUCAUGUUUUCAAGAAUGGUUCUAAUAUCAACAACAAUUUCUUUGAGACUUUAGUUAAGAACUCACCACCAACUCCUGACACUAUCACCAACCCAUGGUAUAAUAAGAAUAACAUUUUGAAUGAAUUAGAUAAAAUAUUUUCCUUACAAUUGAUUGACUUGAAUUUAAUUGAUCAAUGUAGAAUUUAUUCCAGAUUAUCAUUAAUCUAUAAUGAUUUGAAUAUGUUUAGAAAGAAGGCUUUCAUGUUGAGGACAUUAAUAGUAGCAAUACUACCUCAACUUUCAAACCAACCAAAUGAGUCUUCUGAUUCUAUUGUCACUCAAAUCACCAAUACUUUUGAUAUUUCAACAAUCAAAUCUAUUAUAAUCGAUUUAUUCAACAUUUAUCAAAUCAACAAACAACCUGAAUUGAAAAGUGAUGAUUCUUAUGAAAACACUUCAAGCAAUUGGAACUCCAUGCAAUUAUCUUUAAUCAAAUUAAGUAUCAAAGUAUUUGAGAAUCUAAAGGACCACGAAACUUUGGCCAGUAUAUUUUGUCUUUCUUUAACAAGAUAUCUUCAUUGCCUUCCUAUCGAUGAUGAAUAUAAAAUACGAGAGAAAAUGAUUGGAACCGUUCGAGACUUCGGUACGAAGAUUCCGUAUCCUGAUCCUUAUUUAUUGAGAGGGUUUAAACUAAUCAAUAACAAAGCUCAAGAUGAAUUGAUACCGUUUUCUGAAUUCCAAGGUACGGAAAUUGGUGAAGCAACACCUUUACAAACCCCAAAUCCGGCUAAUCCUUCUUUCGUGUUUGACCCUUUUAAUAAACCUACUCCAAAAUCUAUUGAAAAAGAUAAACUUAUCAUUAAAAAUGAAAUUUAUCAAUUGAGAGUUCUCCUACAAAAUCCUUACAGCUUUGAAAUUGAAGUCAAUGACAUUGAUAUUGUUUCUAAUUCCAAAACCCAGGUUAUUAGAUCAGGCGUAAGGAAUAUGUUUCACAAUGUCAAUAAAAGUCAAUCCAAAGUCAGCUUGAAUAACCCCAAACUAAGACUGGAAAAACCUUCAUCACCUUUAGUUAAUGAUUUCCAAUCAAAUCAAUUGAUAAUUCCUCCUAAAUCCAUCGAAACUUUCAUAGUUCCUUUUAAACCAUUGGUUCCUGGCAAUUUGAUUAUUGAAGGGUGCAAAAUAAAGAUUGGAGCUUGUGAGGAAAGGUUCUUCCCUAUCAUAAGUGAAGAAUACAAUGAAAAAUUGAUUAAAUUGAAAGAUUAUCAGAAGUUUGAGAAUCCUAAACUUGGUGAUGGGUUUGAAAUCCAAGACCCCUUGCAAACCAUUGUUGAUAAUCUCAGAGACAAUAAAGUAUUACAUCGAGUGGACUGUACUACUAUGGAAUUGAAUGUACUUGACCCUCAACCAACAUUAUCUUUACUCAAUCUUCUGGCAACUAAUGGAUGGUUAAUGUUACUAGAAGGGGAAAAACAUGAAUUUUCCAUCGAUUUGAUUAACCAAUCUAAUCAACCUAUAAAUUACUUGUCAUUCUCAUUCUGGGAUUCCACCAUUCAAAACCUAACUAAGAAGUUGAGUAACAGUUCAAUAGGAGUUAAUAUCAAUGCUUUUGAGAUGUAUGAAUUAGAAUGGUAUUUAUACAAAUACAAAACAUUUAAGAUCUUGAAUAAACAGGAGAUCAAUGAGAAAUAUAAACCCAUUAAAGCUAACGGAGAGAUUGAAAUCAAAUAUGAAAUUACAGGUAAGAAGAACAUGACUGACCUGAAGAUGAUCUUGGAGUAUGGGAACAAAUUAAAUGAUCUUACCAAAUGUUUUGUCAAGAACAUUGAGAUUCCUUUGAAAGUAACUGUAGUUCCAUCGAUUGAAAUGGUAAAUUUAGAUAUCAUGCCAUUAUUCUUGUCAUCUUUGAAUGGAUUGAUUAAAAGUCAAUCCAAUGCCAAUUUAACAAACUUGAAAGAAUUCAUUGACAAUUUGGAUCAGAACAUCUCUGAUUAUUGUUUAAUUCUCCUCGAUAUGAGAAAUAGUUGGAAAGAAACGUUACAAGUAGAUAUAGAAUUUGACAAGUUCCAAGUUAAAGAAUCUAUCAAAGCUAAUACAGUAUCGAGAUUCUUAAUUCCUAUGAAACGUGUAAGUGUUAAAGAUCAUGACUUCACCAAAAUAAUACCUUCCAUCAGAAACAAACAAUUCAUCAAGGAUUAUCUGAUCACAGAAUCCGAAGAUAUGGAAAUGAGACAAAGUUUCUGGUUAAGAAAUCUUAUUUUAGACAAAGUUCAAGGACAUUGGAAAUUCCAUGAAAGAGAAGGAAUUAUAGAUUUCCGAAACAUCAGAUUAAAUACAAAGAUGGUAAAUUAUAUCAUUUACCCAAAGAUCAAAAUCUUACAUGAGAUUUGGAACGAAGAAGAUGAGAUGAUUAAAAGAACAGGAUCACAAUUUCUUCUUAAAACUGGAGAAUUCUAUAGCUUUAAAACCAUUAUUACUAAUUUCGAUAGUAAACCUUUGGAUGGAGUUAUAAGACAUUUACCUUUCCCCAUAAUAGAUAACAACAUCAAUAAUAGCAUUCUUAAAGAACAAUCCAUGGAUAAGAAAAUAGUCAUCAAUGGAGUGCUUCAAUCAAAAUUACCUCAAACCAUCCACCCUAAUGAAUCCGUAGACAUUAACCUCAGUUUCGUGAUCUUAGAAAAUGGAGAAUUUGAGUGGGGUUCAUUAUUGGACGUUUUGGAAGAUGACAAUAGUUAUAAGAUAACCGCUAGAGAGCCGGUUUACAUAGUAGCAUCAGCAUAA